AAAUGUGUCUGAAUGCAGCACAAAAAAAGUGAUGUGGCUCCAGGUGUGUGAGGGUUAAUUAGACACAUUCAUGGUCCUAUUUGAGAUCGAUGGUCAGUUGUGAUUAAAAACUGCAAAUUGUCCAAUCAAACAUAGUUAGUGUGUUAAACUUAUAUAAGUUGUGCAGCUGCUUACGGGCCACAAAAAUACUUAGGUUUUGUUUUCUGGUAAUGUGAGGCGGAUGAGAGCUGUGCCAGCUCUGAACGUUUGUUUUGUCAAACUCUGCCAACCACAAGCGCCACACAAGGUCUUUUUUUUGAGGAUCAUUUCCUUUCUAAAUUGACGUUGAUGCAGAUUAUAUGUCCGGUGCCCCAUCUCGCUGCUGAUGGUUUGCUUUAACACAGAGAGAUGAGAUGAGAGGAGCAGCUAUGGGUUCAACUGCAGCAACGAGUGGAUUUUUUGUCCUCUUUCUCUUCGUGUCAGUGGUACAAAGCAGGGAUGUGUUGACGUACAUUUCUGCUCAGAUUUGUGCCGUGCGAGGAUCAACAGUGGACAUUCGCGUAAAAAGACAAUCUAUCAGUGUGGAGAAAAUAUUGUGGUUCACUGACAUGCAGGAUGAAGAACCUGUGGAUCUGAGAACAGACUCGGAGUACGCCGGUCGUGUGAAGUAUUUCUGUGACAUGACGACCUGCACUCUGAGAAUCACAGACCUGAAAGAGAGCGACUCAGCUGAGUACAAUUUCAGACUCAAAGACAGACAUAUGAGGAAUUUCACCCGUUUACCUGGAGUCACUUUGUCUGUCACAGAUCCAGAUCUCCAGGUGAAAGUGACAAAAUUGUAUUCUUCCUGGGCGGAGCUGUUUUGUCACAGCGCCUGUCAUCUGCCUGAUCGUCCUUCCUACGUCUGGUACAAGAAUGGACAGAAAAUUCAGACAGAAACACCCUCAUAUUCGGACUACGCUGAUCCUGCAGACAGCUUUUCCUGUGCUGUGAGAGGACAGGAGGAUUUCCCCUCGCCUUCAGUGUGUGUCGAUGGUCACACCUGUAACAGAGUGAUGUACACAGACAGAAGCAUCUGCGCCGCCGAAGGCUCAUCCGUGGACGUUUCUUCCACAUACAACAGUUACGAAGAUGAAGUUGAAUCAAAAUUUUGGUUCAGUCCUGAACGCAGAAAUCAGUGGAAGAAUCCUUCACAACCUGAGGACCUGAGUGAAGACUGGCAGUACGCAGGUCGAGUUCAGGUCUUUGAGACGGCGAGAGGACGCUCCACUCUGAGAAUCUCUGAUCUGAGACAGAGCGAUGCAGCCCAGUAUCACUUCAAAUUCAAAACACCACGCUUUGAAUGGAGGAGUGAUUUACCUGGAACAACUCUGACUGUCACAGGUCUGCAGGUGCAGGUGAUCAGAAAAACAGUCCGUCCGUCUCAUACCGAGGCGCAGCUGUUGUGUCAGAACAGCUGCAGUCCGCCUGGUCAUUUUUCCUUCGUCUGGUUCAAGAACGGACAGAGAAUUAUGGCAGAGGAAACUUCUACAUAUACAGACAGUUUCUAUCCCAGAGACAACAUCUCCUGUGCUCUUAAAGGACACGAGGAUGCCCGCUCUCUUUCGCUGAAUGCUCCCAAGGUUCCUUCUGUGUCAGUGAGUCCACCUGGUGAAAUCACGGAGGGCAGCUCAGUGACGUUGACCUGUGACGCGAACACGGCAGCUAACUACACCUGGUGGUACGAGAAAAACCUCAAACUGCUCAGUAAAAAACAGCAGCUUGUCUUCAGCUCCAUCCAGAUCUCUGACUCUGGAGAGUAUUACUGCACAGCUGAGGACGAGCUCGGGGCGACAACAUCUGAAUCCAUCUUUAUCGAUGUGAAAUAUGCUCCAAAGCGUCCCUCUGUGUCAGUGAGUCCCUCUGCUGAGAUAGAGGAGGGCAGCUCAGUGACUCUGAGCUGCAGCAGUGAUGCUAACCCAGCAGCUAACUACACCUGGUACAAGGAGAACCAAACACUGGUUCAUGGACCAGAAGGCAUUUAUCGUUUAACCUCCAUCAGCUCUGAGGACAGAGGGAACUACUUCUGCAAGUCUGAGAAUCAGUAUGGACAGAUUAACUCCUCAUCUCUGAUCAUAGAUGUCCAGUAUGCUCCAAAGCGUCCCUCUGUGUCAGUGAGUCCCUCUGCUGAGAUAGAGGAGGGCAGCUCAGUGACUCUGAACUGCAGCAGUGAUGCUAACCCAGCAGCUAACUACACCUGGUACAAGGAGAACCAAACACUGGUUCAGGGACCAGACGGCAUUUAUCAUGUCACCUCCAUCAGGUCUGAGGACAGCGGGAUCUACCACUGCAAGUCUGAGAAUCCACAUGGACAGAUCAGCUCUACGUCUGUAUUCAUAGAUGUUCAGUAUGCUCCAAAGCGUCCCUCUGUGUCAGUGAGUCCCUCUGCUGAGAUAGAGGAGGGCAGCUCAGUGACUCUGAACUGCAGCAGUGAUGCUAACCCAGCAGCUAACUACACCUGGUACAAGGAGGAUGAAGACUCACCAAAAGCAUCCGGACAGAUCUUCACCAUCACCGACUUCAGAGCCGAACACAGCGGGAAUUAUUACUGUGAAGCCGAGAACAACAGAGGACGUCAGAGCUCCACCUUACACCUACUUGUUUUGGCGGGUGCAUCCAGAUCUAACUUUGGAAUAAUACUGCUUUUUUCCAUGAUGAUUGUCGCCAUCUUCUAUGUCUAUCUACGGAUUAGGUUGCCCUAUCUACAUCGUAGGCGCAGACGGAGACAAAACAGCAAAGCCAGUGGUGCAGCUCACCAUGAGCCAUAUGGGCGCAGGGCUCCAUCUAGAGGGACGCGCUGAAGUUACUCCCAGAAAAAAAAAUUCAAACUCAACCGUGGCUCACCUGCCCACCAGCUGUCUGCACUUUGUUUUCUGCACUGGCCAGUCAGCUAACUUGUCUCUAGCAUUGGCAGUGCAGAUGAACAUGAUUCUUGUCAUGGAUACGUUUUUGAGAGAUGUUUUUAUUCCCACAGCAACAGUAAUUGCUUUGGAAAUAAAUUUAAAAAAUAUUCUAGGAAUAAUAAUGUUUUUUAAAAUAUUUGUGACUGUCUACCAUCUCCUUCCAACGCAGGUGUGAAGGCUAAAGGUUGAUUUAUAGUGAGGCAGGUGACUCUCUUGGUAAGUGUCACUGGACAGAAAAGUGGUGAGCGACACGUUCUCAUUCUUUUUUAUGUCCCGCACAACGUCACAU